AUGGCGCAGGGCGAUUACAUUGAGCUGCACCAGAAGCGGCAGGGCAAGCGCUUCGACCAUGCGGAGCGCGAGCGGAAGAAGGAGGCGCGUAGCGGGCACAAGCAGAGCGCGAUUGCCAAGAAGGUUCGGGGCAUCAAGGCGAAGCAGCUGAACAAGAAGCGGUACGCCGAAAAGGCGGAGAUGAAGAAGACCAUCAAGGCGCACGAGGAGCGGCUAAACAAGCACAAGGCCGCCGAGGCGCCCGCUGACAAGGACGCGGUGCCGGCGUACCUGCUCGACCGCGAGGGCAUGUCGCACGCCAAGGUGCUGUCCAACUCGAUCAAGCAGAAGCGCAAGGAGAAGGCGGGCAAGUGGGCGGUGGCGCCGGUGUCGGAGGACGAGGUCUUCAAGGUGAUCAAGUCGGGGAAGCGGAAGAAGAAGCAGUGGAAGCGCAUGGUCUCCUUCGUCGGCGAGUCCUUCACGCGCAAGCCGCCAAAGUUUGAGCGCUUUGUGCGGCCGGCGGCGCUCCGCUUCAAAAAGGCGCACGUGACGCACCCUGAGCUCAAGGCGACCUUCCAGCUCGACCUCAUCGGCGCGCGGCGCGUCAAGAAGAACCCGCAGUCGCCGCUGUACACGUCGCUCGGCGUCAUCACCAAGGGGACGAUCAUCGAGGUCAACUGCGCCGACCUGGGGCUGGUCACGCCGUCGGGCAAGGUGGUGUGGGGCAAGUAUGCGCAGGUGACAAACAACCCGGAGAAUGACGGCUGCAUAAAUGCGGUCCUGUUGGUGUGA